UUUUUUUGUAUCGAAGGAAUCAACAGCCGCCAUCUUGUCGUGGCUCGAAAUUGGGAUUUCAAUCCAACACUAGAUUUUUACGUAGAAAUCUAGGACCCUCUCCGGGCUGCGACAGCGUCCUUUUGUAAAAAACCAAACCUUAACKUCGCUUCGGAGACAUUUUGUGCGAAAAACGGUGGAAUUGGUUCGGUGGUCGUCGACCAGGACCGCGUCGUACGUCUGAUUUCCCCCUUCAGAGUGCGGCGAUUUUUCAGCCCCCUGUCGCCGUUCGGGAGCAGCAUUGUUCCCCGUUGGACAAGCGGGGGACCCGAUCGUGACUUUCGAGGUGAUUUGCAUAAAUACGGCCAUUUUUUUUGUGCAAUUGUGCAUUUUUUUCCUGGAGCUUCGCGCGAUUUUUUUUGCACGCAGAAAUUGACGUCACGCAGAAUGGUUGCUUUGAACAUUUAGAAUGUGCGACUUUUCCCCCGAAAUGCACCUGAAUUGGUUGGAUUGACGUCGCGGAGCUGGAUUUUUUUUUUACCCAUGGCGACCCUUUUAUUCAGUGUUAUUUAAUGGUGAUAAUGUGGGUGUCGGGUGUUGGAUUAUCAUGGGGUGAAUGGCGGUGGCGAAGCGGGGCGCUGUUGCAUAUCUUUUGAAAAGACUGACUCUAAACAGCGAGGAGUUAACAGAGCUGCUAGCAGGUAAUUAGCCAGUUAGCUGGCUGCCAACAUGCUAACGUGCUAACCGGGGAGUCUUGGUUUAAUAUCACGAAAAUCUCCCUCUUAAAGUAGUUCAUAUUUGCUACUUAAGGAUUUAGUCAGACUAAAUAAAAAGCUUGCAAUGGCUGAAAACAUGCUGGAUGUCGGACCUCCCAGCUCCAAGCGGCCGAAGCUGAAUUCACCUGCCCUCUCAGCGUCUGAUGGACAAGAUCUGGGGUCUUUGACCUGGGAUGAUCUGGAGAAUGACCUUCCAGAUGAGCUGAUUCCUAAUGGAGGUGAUAUGAGCCUGAUGGGUGGGAUGCCUUCAAAUGGCGGAGCAGCACCUGGAGCUGGUGGUCCAGGUGGCACCCCAGCAGGCCUUGGUGGUGGUGGUGGAGCGUCUGUUGUCCAAGAUGCAGCAGCCAAGCAUAAGCAGCUCUCAGAGCUUCUUCGGCCCACAGGUACAGGGCUCAACUCAGCAAGUCCGCAGUCUGGCAGCAUGGGAUCACAGCUGGGAACGCCAUUAGGCAAGAGUCCUCUUGGCCAGGCCUCUCCAAACAGCCACUCGUCUCCUCAAGGCCAGAAACCAGGAACACCGACUGGAGUAGCAGGACAGAACAGUAACAGUAAUACUGCUGCUAUGUGUCUUACCUCAACGGGGUUCAACCAAUCUCUACUUAACAAUAGCCAGGGUCACGCUGGAUUACUGGCUCAAGGUGGGCAUCCUCAACCUGGGCAGGUGAUGAAUGGUGGUCUUGUACCUGGAGCUGGGAGAGGACGGGGUAGUGGGGUGGCAGGUAUGCAGUAUCAAGGACAGACUAUACAGGGAACUGCACCAGGACCAGGAGUGUCUGGAAAUGCGUUGGUAGAGACACUCACCCCAGGAGCGCAGCAGAUGGGAGCUCAUACCACCCUUAGUGCAGCUCAGCAAACAGCCAACAUGAGCAAGAUGGGCCUUGGUACCAAUGGAAGUCCGUUUGGGGCUCAGCCUUAUGGUCAGGGUCCUACAGGGCAGGGACAGCAACUAAACACUCAGCAGCAGCUCCAAAACAAGGCCGCCCUCGCUAACAGUCUGCCACCAUUCCCUAAUGAACUCAAAGGGGCUGCUGUUACAAGCGUGCCAAACAUGCAGCUCCAGCAGCAGCCACAGCAGCAGGCAGCGAUGCUCCCACUGGCUGGCAGUGGAGGUGUGGCCGUGCCUUCGGCGGGGCCAACAGCCGACCCUGAGAAGCGCAAACUGAUCCAGCAGCAGCUGGUCCUGCUGCUUCACGCACACAAGUGCCAGCGACGAGAGCAAGCUAACGGGGAAGUCAGGGCGUGUGCCCUGCCUCACUGCCGCACCAUGAAGAACGUCCUCAACCACAUGACCCACUGUCAGGCUGGCAAAUCCUGCCAGG